GUGUAUGUAUGUGUGUAUGUGUGUGUUGGAGACUGCAAUGUCUCCUCGCGAGAGAGUCCAUGAUACUGGUGGAUCUUCAAUGUUCUCGAACGAGCAUUUCGUGGGGGAGGGCAGGAGAGAGUGAGAGACUGAGGCAGAGGGGAGUCAGCCAUCCAUCCAUCACAAAACCCGGCACUCUCAGAGCAUCCUCUGCCCCCCUCAAGCAAUAAGGCUCCAAAGGUUGCCCCCGCGCCAGUGUGUGUGUGUGUGUGUGUCUCUCUCCCUGUGGCAGCGCUUGGACCAGAUGGAGUGCACCGCAGACACCGUCAGACAGCCCACAGUGAAAACAGAAGAUGAAACGGAAGCUCUGAUCUUUGAUGGUGCAGAGGUUAUUGACAUUGGCAAUGUGAAAGUUCCCCAGGGCCUCAUCUCCCUCAAUGACAGUCCCUCAUCUUCACAAAGGAGCAGUGAGCAAAGCAGAUGCUUGGCAGCCCUGGUGUACCUGAAAAAGACUGGAAGUAACAACCCAGGGGAAUGCAGUGCUGCAGAGAUCAAUCUAACUGAUGUAGAAGCUGAAAGCGCUGGUAACCAGGAGCAACCUUUAGCUGACAAAAGGCAUGCUGGGAUCAUUGCUCACCAACUGCACGGAUUCCAAACAGGCAAAGGAGAAACAUUCGCUCAACCAAACAUCCAGAUGGACAGACCUGUCAGCGAUGAUGAAGUGAGAUUAAAGAAGAGGAGGCUUCACACAAUGAUGAGCGCGACUGUUGUGAGGAGAUUACCAGGCGAGGAUGAAGUGUCUGAGGAGCACUCUGAUGAUAAGUCUGACACACUGCCCGACAACGCCAGUGAGAUAUCAGACAGCUCUGAAAAUGGUGGGCAGCAAUCCUCAUUGAUGGAAAUUCUCAACUAUUGUCAAAUCAUGUAUUCUGCCAUCCGUAGAUUGGACAAAAAAGUGGAAGUGAUGCAAAAGAAAGUGUCUGACCUUCACCAAGGAAAGAUGAAAUUCUUUGCUAAGAAAAGACAAGUCUUGGCUUCUCUUUCCAAUGGUUACAAUCAGACCUUGAAAAAGAAAACGAUUGUGAAAUCUUCGGAAAAGAAGAGAAACCAGAGAAUAUGUUCGGAUUCAGUUGCUUACCGUGACCCAGCUGAAUGCAGCGAACCAAUAGUAAUUCAAGAUGAAGAAGAUGCCACCGGUACAAUAGUUAAAAAGAGGCCAAAUGCCUCUGUGCCCUUUCACUCCAUGGAACAAAUUCGUGAAAAUCUGAUGCCAGUAACUAGUUCAGAUGUUUCUGGUCUGGUGCCACAGCUACCAACAUUAAAGACCGAGCCUGCAAAUCUAAGUCAGAAGCUUGAAACCAUGUCCGCUACACACAAAAUGAAUAGAUCCCGUGUCAGCCUUAGUGAAAGUCCACAUGACUUUGCAGAGAUGGGUACCUCAAGAACCACUCAGAUAGAAGAAAAUGGUUACAUCACUGGUUUAGCAACAGAUUUUAUCAAUGAAACAAAUGCGAUGAAACAGGAACAGAUGACACCCCAUGCAUCUUUUGACCUUUCGAAGAAUAGCUUUGGAUUUCUGGGCAAUCCCAAGCGUAACGUUAGAAUACCGGGGGCGUUCAUACUGAAAGCUAGUCAGAAGAGUCAGCCCAAACUGGCAGCACGUUACUUGGUUAGGAACUUGUUCACUGAUGAAAUUCUAGUGGAGAGCAGCGUCAUUGGAAGCGAGGAGCAAGGACUCAUUCCACUGGAUCCAAAUAAACUGGCAGCUGUGAGAGAGUUCUUAAGCAAACAGUUCCCUCACCAUGAUCUUACAGAGCUCGGUAAGGACUGGAAGUCCUGCAUCUCAGCCAUCAACAGCAUGAUCAGCAUCACAAGGAGAAGAACUAAUACAGGUUCAUAUCAGGACAGAGAAUAUUUAUCUGAUGAAGAGACAUCAGCCCCAGUACUCUCCCCUUCCACCUCCGAACCUUCUGUAAACGGUCAGCUCUGGUGGCUCUAUCAGAACUCAACACCACUGCCUUCUGCACCAAACCAAAGACCAUUUGAGAAAUUAGAGCAUCUUGGUAGCCCUGACCGCAAAGUGGAAUUGCCAGCUUCUGUGAUCCAUCUUGCCCAACAGAGGGUAAGACCUGAACUGGCAGCCCGUUUCCUCAUCAGGCAUCUCUUCCCAGACAGCGUGCUUCUCAGGAGUAAUGUGUAUGGGGCAAUUCGAAAAGGAAAGGCUCCGCUUGAUUGCAAUAAGAUAAAUGCUGUUAGAGAAUUCCUAAUGGAUGGUUUCCCAAGUUUUGACCUUGCAGAGGAUGGCAAGGAUUGGAAAGUGUGCGUUGAUGCAAUUAAUGGCGUCAUUCGUUGCCUCAGAUACGAACUUAAGAAGACAUCCCAAGGAAGGUCAUUCCUUAAACAUUAUUCAUCACCGUUCAAGGCUCAAAAAUGACUGGAAUAAUAUGCAAUGUUUACAGGGCAGACUUGUGCUACAGAUUGCGUAAGUGCUUAUCAAGAGUAAGUUGUUCACCAUUUUAUAACUGGAGCCUUUAUCUAUAUAACUGUUCAGGAAGAACAGUAUUAAAGUGGGCAAUCCAUUGUUCACUAAAUGAUGGUUUCAUUUACUUUCUUCAAGUUAUACUGUAUAUCACAUGGGCUAUUCUGCCUUCCUGGGUUCCAAUCUCACAAACAUAACUGUGAAGCCCACUCACCAUGUUAUGAAACCUCUUUCCCCUGCUCCACUGUCAUUUUGUUUUUGGAAUGAAGAAAGUUUGAUAUAAAAAGUACCACAGAACCGUCACUGAGAACUCAUCUGUUCAGGUAAUAAAGUGACAAGGUGUAAAGUCCUGGGUUUGUGUUAUGUUCUCACAACACAAAUGUAGAAAUUACUAUUUUAUUCUCAGCUCUCAGAACACAAUCCGACAAUACAACCUCACCCCCUUCACUCAGUUGCCCUGCAUCCAGCUUUAUACUUCCUGAUACCCUUUUAUUGGUUCUCAGUUAAAUGGUCAUUUCAUCUUCAAGGUUUGCAUGCAAACCAACAGUUUGUAUAUAGCCCUGUACAGUUAUUAAUGUUACGUAAAUAACAGCUAAUUGGAAUGUAUAUCAUCUUGACAAUGUAGUGGAGCUCCUAUAUAAUUAAAUCUUACUUGCUGUGACCAAA